GUUCCAUUGAAAAGUUCAUUUAUUGAGAUGAAAUAUACUACGAUUGUGCUUUCGUUCAUAUUACUUCUGGGCUCGAAAGACCCAUAGAAGUGAUGGAGCUAAUACUUUAGGAAUUUUUGGUACCCACAGUCCUUCCCAUGUUAUCGUGCAUAUGGUUGUGAUGAAAACCCUUGCGGAUCGGGGUUACAACAUUACAGUGGUGACCCAGAUGAAGCCCAAUUUGGCGGAACAUGAAAAUAUCACAGUGACACCGGAGCGAAAAGUUCAUCCCGUCCCGAUGACCAAUGACUUUCAGCUGGGCAUUACCGCCAAGCCUCACUGUCCGGUGAUCAUAACUUGGGUGGGCGUGCCCCUGCUUUUUAUCCUUCUUGCAUGCCCGGCUUAAAUGUGGCCCUAGAAGCGGGUCAAAACUCCAUGAUGCUUACUCAAAGAUUGGGUAACUUUUUCAGGCAUUCCAUCCUGGACAUAGUCAUUAAACUGUUGAAUUUAAAGAUGAACCUAAUGUAUGAGUAUUAUUUUUGCUAAGUUACUUUAAACUUUGGCUUUGGUCGUUGGUUGGAUAGGCACACACUGACGGCGAAGGAAUUGGAGGAGAACAUCCAUGAGGUCCUUGAGAACCCAUCGUAUCGAGAGACCAUCGAUUAAACGAUCGAAGGAAUCUUAUCAGUGCGUUAUCGCUGAAACCAACUGAGUAUAAGAUAGCUGCCGGCUGCUUGCAACCCAAUCAGUUUCCAUUUGUACUUGGACUUGAACGGAGCUAGUCAUGACACAAAACCGGAGAAGCAGUUGGAUCGGCUGCAGUUUGGGUGGCCUUCUGGUCGCCCUUCUGGCCCUGCAAUCGAUGCCUCAGGGCACCGAAGGAUCCAACAUCCUGGGCGUCUUCACCAGCCACAGUCCGUCGCACUUCAUCGUCCACAUGUCCAUCAUGAAGACGCUGGCCGAGAAGGGUCACAACGUGACCGUGGUCUCCUCGAUGCCACCUAAAGUGACCCACAAGAGCAUCAAGCACAUUGUGAUUCCAUUGAGUGCCGAGGAUGAGAAGGUCCUCAACGAUGGCAUGAUCGGUAUGGUUAAGGAGAAACCCUCGAUUUGGAACACCUUCAAAUCGAUCUUCAGCUCGCUGACCUUGCUUAUUGAUAAGCAGGUGGAUGUUCUGGAGGAUCCGAAAUUCCAGGAACUCUACCUCAACAAGGGCAACAAGUUCGACGUGGUCUUCGCGGGAUUCUUCUUUAAUACCUAUCAAGUGGCUCUGGGUGCCCGGUUCAAUUGCCCCGUAAUUAUUUCCUGGCCGGGUCCACCCAUGUUGAUGGUCAACGAGGUUCUGGGCAAUCCCGAGCUCUCGAGCGUUCCGCAAAUGAAUGUUGCCGGCAAACCGGGACAGCCCAUGAAUUUCCAGCAGCGUUUGCAGAGCUUUGGCAGCACUGUGGGCUUCAAUGCUCUUGCUCUCUUCCUGAACUACAAAUACAACGGGUUCUAUGAGCGACUUUGGGGCAAGGACAAGUCAAUGCCCAGUUUUGAGCUGGCCAAAAGGAAUGUCUCACUGGCCUUUUGCAAUAGCCAUGCCAUUAGCGAGGGACCCAUUCGUCCGAAUGUUCCUGGUAUAAUCGAGAUCGGAGGCAUUCAGGUGAAGACCAAGCCUGAUCCUCUACCGGAGGACAUCAAGGAGUUCCUGGAGAAGAGCAAGCAUGGAGCCAUACUCUUUAGUUUGGGUUCCAAUUUGAAGGGCGAACACAUCCAGCCCGAAGUAGUGUCUACUAUUUUCAAGGGUCUGAGCAGCCUUAAGCAGCAGGUGAUCUGGAAAUGGGAAGAUUUGAAGAAUACACCUGGCAAAUCGGCGAAUAUACUGUACAAGAAGUGGCUGCCCCAGGAUGAUAUCCUGGCCCAUCCCAAGAUCAAGCUUUUCAUCACCCAUGCGGGUAAGGGCGGAGUGGCGGAGGCCCAAUACCAUGGAGUUCCCAUGUUGGCUCUACCCGUCUUUGCCGAUCAGCCGGGAAAUGCCGACAAACUGGUGGCGAGUGGAUACGGUCUACAGAUGCCUUUAGCGACUCUGGAUCUGGAUGAGUUCAAGGUGGCCAUUAAGGAGGUCAUCGAGAAUCCCAAGUUCGCCCAGAAGCUGAAAACCUUCUCACAGCUGUAUCGCGAUCGUCCUCUGAGCGCCCAGGAAUUGGUGGUCUACUGGACGGAAUACGUGAUCCGUCAUCAUGGUGCACCACACAUGCAGAGUCCCCUGGUCCACAUGAACUUCAUCGCCAGCAACAACCUGGAUAUCUAUAUCCUCGCCGUUCUGGUGCUCUACAUCCUCUUCCUCAUCAACAAGAUCGUGUGGAAGUUCUUGUGGGGCAAAUUGUUCGCCAAAUCGAAAAAGGAUUCUCCAAAGAAGAAGGUGAAGAAGCAGUAGAUAGGUAUAUAAAGGAUUAUGUGAAUUUUAUUCUUAGUAACAAAUUGAAAAUUAACCGCAAAACGAAAA